UGAUCGGUUCUCCUCAGCACUGCUUUAUCAAACCUCUCCCGCCCUCGACGUCAGCUUUUGGGAACUCGGGCAAGGGAAAGUUUAGGGAGAAAAAAAAGUUCUGCUGUUGCCUAUGUAUGGAUGAAUACUGAACGUCUGUCGUACAUGAGAGAAAAGUAGUGCAGUCUAAUUCGAAAGGACGAAUGCGUGGCAUCCACAUUGAAAAUCUGGAGCAGACGCUUUUAAAGGGACUGUGAGCAAACUUUUCCCCGUUUGGUUUCAAGGAAUUUUUUUAACCUCUUAUCCGGGCGGACAGAGGCAGGAAAGCGAAACGAGUUUACCGGUUACAGUUUUCCAGGGAAAGGAAAUCCAUGAAGUUUAAAACGAAGACACUUUUCAAUCUGAAGGAUUUUAAAGCGGCCACUUCUGUGUGUGGGUGUGUUAAGAACCAAACGAGAAGUAUUUUAAAACUCGCUGAAAAGUCUCCAAAAGUCAACAAUGGCUAAGAAAUACGACUUCCUCUUUAAAUUACUCCUUAUUGGUGAUAGUGGUGUUGGCAAGACAUGUUUAAUCAUCCGUUUUGCGGAGGAUAAUUUUAAUUCAACGUACAUAUCAACCAUUGGUAUUGACUUCAAAGUAAAGACCAUUGAGAUUGAGGGGAAGAAAGUUAAACUGCAAGUCUGGGACACAGCAGGACAGGAGAGGUUUAAGACCAUCACUACUGCUUACUAUAGAGGAGCCAUGGGCAUCAUCCUUGUGUAUGACAUCACUGAUGAAAAAUCCUUUGAGAAUAUUCAGAACUGGAUGAAGAGCAUCAAAGAAAAUGCAUCAGCAGGUGUAAGUCGGAUGUUGCUUGGCAACAAGUGUGACAUAGAGGCCAAAAGGAAGGUGUCAAAGGAGAUAGGUGAGAAGCUUGCAAAGGAACAUGGUAUUCGAUUCUUUGAGACUAGUGCAAAAUCAAGCAUCAAUGUUGAUGAGUCUUUUGCCUCUCUUGCUCGUGAUAUUUUGCUGAAGUCAAAUAAGAAGUCGGGUCCAACGGGUCGAGAGGUUAAAAUUACCAGCACAGAGAAAAAGUCACCCAAAUGUAUUCUUCUUUAGAUACGCCGUCAUCAAGAGGGCGGGCUCACUACACACAUGCUCACACACACUCACAUCACUGCAGUGUUAAUGCCAGAGAGUAAUUUGCAAAGUGAACAUGGAAUGCUAAUAGGAAGUGGUGUCAACGAAUGAAAUGCAUGGUAUAAGAAAUGAAACAGGAAAAUCAGAUUUUUUAUUUCAUGGUAGUUUGCACUACACAACAACAGUUCAGUGUUUAGGUUACAGUAGACACAAAGUUGGUUUUACUUGCUCAACGUUUUGCUCACUUCAGCAUUAUUUCAAGUGUAGAUGAACACAAAAAUCUGCCCUUGUAGUCAAAAUGGAAAAGAGUUCCCAUUGUAAAUGUAACUGUAUCUCCUGGACAUUACAGGUGGAAAAAUAUUGUCCAAUUCAAUAUCCAAUCAGCAGUUUUGUGUCAAAAUAGCUUACAAAUAAUUUGAAUGUUCUUUAAAGGUGAAUUACAUCACUUUUGAAAGACUUCUUUUCCAAAGAAGGAUGGAGUAAGUGAUUUUAGGAUGUUAAUAGGGAAGUAUGACAAAAGAAAUCAUGGAUUAUGGAUGGAUAUAAUAGUGGUUUACUUAAAAUUCACAACCUGUUUCUCGGAAGGGAUUGUGGUCAGAAUUCUACAGAAGUUUGGUUUUGCAUCAUAAAGUUUGUCUUUUUUUUUUUUUUUUUUUAUCUCUCUCACUGCCUUUUAUUCCCUGUUUUUUCUGUUGUUUUCUGUUAUUUCAGAACUUGUAUUUUGAACUGCUUUUAAUAAAG